UGAAACUGCCCGAUACCGAUUGCCUGUGGUUGAAGACGCCCCAUUCCGAGCGGACCGUGCUGACGACUGGGACGUUGAACAAGGUUUGAUCCUGUAUCUCUCGAUGAGACAGCCAAGCGGGCACUUCCGAGGAAAGUAUACUUUUGCGGUGGCUGAAGACUGGAACCACGAGCAUGGAGGAAAUGCACACGAUCACCCGGCGCCAUGUAUUCUGCGGCUGGAACCUUAAAAAGCUACCGGAGACGAGACUUAUGCCGAUGCCUGUGGGGCUGCAAGCGCUGGAAGCGUGUCUUGUUUGUCAUGUGUCUGCCCCUGAUAUGGUCACUUGCGACCACCGUAGAGACAGACUUCGAGGCAGCAGACUUCGAGGCCGACUCCCAUACUAGUCCAGCUGGGAAAUGCGAGUCCCUUCCAACUACCAGCUACCAAUGAAGUUGGCAACCAGGUCAGAACGGUAGGAAAGACAGGUCGCUAAGCUGUUAGUCUAAAUCUAAGAAGCACGUCGAGUUCUCUAUCUAUUAGACAGGUGCUCUAAGAGUAAGAUGUGACUCUUCAUGGACACCGAGGACUUGAACAUCAUAGGAUCGUAGAUUUUUGUUGUUUUGGAUCAUUCAUUAUCUCCUUGGGUGGUACGUAGAGUAUCUCACGAAUCGUUGGUGCCAGCAUAUUACAUACUUAGGUCGCCUUUUGUUGUUUUGGAUCGAUUAAGUACCCAUUUUCCCCUUUUGCUCCUUGUUUUCAAAGCAGGUAAAUGAAUGAAUGAAGAACGAAAAAAAUGUAGCGUCAAAAUAUUUGUUAGGUAUUGCUAUACCCUUCGGCCACUACUCUACUACCCUACUUACUCCUACUGCUGCGACGGCGUUGCUAUGGUAAGAGUACUGGACACAACUCCUACGCCCAUACAACUUUCAGGUUCAGCAGGUACAUAGGAGGUCCUAGUAGCAUAUUUAUCAUGUCAUUCUCGCGUUCUUCUUCCUCCCCUCCAAACACAGCACACUGCCGAUGCUUUAGCACUUAUCUCGUCAGCACGCUUUACACGUUACCAUGCUACAGCUGAGUUCGGUAGUCCUCCUCUUGACUGUGCCGUCAAUUUAUUUAAUGUUGUGGUGGAUCAUGCUACAGCUAUGCACUUCAUUAGAGAGUGUAUACCCGAGGCAUCCUAUCCUAUCCUAUACUUAAUACUAAGACUCAUGGGAAGCAGACCAAAUGUGACCACAAGUCAACAAAGCGAUGGAUAUUUUACCAUAGAUGAUAGAGAGGAGAAAAAGGAUGAAAGGA